AUGGAACCUUGGAAAUAUUCUUCUUGGGUUUUCAGAUUCUUCUUCAUCAUAUUACUCGUUUUCUUUCUCAGUUCUUCUUCUUCUUUGUCAUGGUCGUCGUUGCACCCUUUACAUAUAAACUCCACCGCCAUGCACCGAAACCACACUGCAAUCUCAGAUUUUCGGCUGUUAAAUAGAAGAACAUUGACGGAGUGCCCGGGCACAAGCCCUUUUCUCCAAGUUAACGUCAGCUCGAAUUCCAGCCUUUCAGAUGAAGAAUAUCUCACGGUUACCGUUAGCGGAGUUUUGUUUCCUUCACACCGUGAUUGGGUCGCCAUGAUUUCACCUUCUCAUUCUAAUGUUGAAAAUUGUCUAUUCAAUGCGGUUCUAUAUGCACAAACUGGUGAUCUUAGCACACUUCCUCUACUCUGCCAUUAUCCUGUCAAGGCAAUGUACAUGAGUAAUGAUCCAGGCUAUCUCAGUUGCAAGAAGAAGCAAUGCAAGAAAUAUAGCAAGGGUAAAUGUAUAGUGCCCACUUGCAGUGGCACACUAACAUUUCAUGUUAUUAACACCAGAACCGACAUUGAGUUCGUGUAUUUUGGUGGGGGAUUCGCGACCCCUUGUGUUUUCAGUAGGUCGGGCCCUAUCAGUUUUGCCAAUCCAAAUCAGCCGUUAUAUGGACAUAUCUCAAGUGUAGAUUCAACUGGAAAAUCGAUGAGAUUAACAUGGAUUAGUGGCAAUAUGGAACCUCAACAAGUACAAUAUGGGAAUGGAAAAACUCUGACAUCAGAAGUUACUAAAUUUUCACAAGAUAAUAUGUGUAGUUCAGCUUUACCAAGUCCAGCAAAGGACUUUGGGUGGCAUGACCCAGGAUACAUUUAUUCUGUGGUAAUGACAGGACUUGACCCUUCAAGCACCUUCUCCUACAGAUACGGAAGUGACUCAGCUGGUUGGAGUGAACAAAUCCAAUUUCGAACUGCACCUGCGGGAGGAUCAGAUGAGCUCAAGUUUUUAGCAUUUGGCGAUAUGGGAAAGGCUCCCCAUGAUGCUUCUGUCGAGCACUACAUUCAGCCGGGGUCCCUCUCAGUGAUUGAAGCCAUCACCGAUGAAGUAGAUUCUAACAAGGUAGACUCAAUCUUCCACAUUGGAGAUAUAAGCUAUGCCACUGGCUUUUUAGUUGAAUGGGAUUUUUUCCUUCAGCAAAUAAGCCAUGUAGCAUCACGAGUUUCUUACAUGACUGCAAUUGGAAACCAUGAGAGAUAA